UUCCGUUUUGUGUAAAGACUUUGCUUUCAAAAGCAAAACUGAGUUAUGAAAAAUCUUGUUUUCGUUUCUUAGAGGUUUCUUUGCAGUGAUUCGUGGCUYGGGUCGAAUCCGAAAGUUUUCGAUGAUAAUUGAUAUUCAUUUUUGCAUGAUGACUUAAAUGACAGCUCUUGUUAUUCAGUUAAAAGAAAGAAGCGAGAAAUGAGGUCUAGUGUUUCCCCGGAGAAACCUGUAAGCAAGACUUCGUUUGUAUGCCCCGUCAGCGUCAUUUCGUCCAUCUAUUCCCUUGAAGAGGAUGAACUACAGUUCCUAGAGGCCGCGAAAAGCAACGAUUUAGAKACUGUUAACACAUUCAUAGAGGAAAASAAAUAUUUCAAAGRCYCCAAGGAAGGAAAAUUCCGAAUUAUUUUCUUAACAGACACAGCCGCCAUCUURUCCAUCCACCAUGGAAAUAAAGAUGUUACGAAGCUUCUACUUAGUAAAGGUUUUAUUAUCAGAGAACCUCAUUCAAGAUCUUGUCAAUGCAAGGAGUGUUGUUCCUUUGGAGUUCUUCUUAAAGCACUUUCCCGGUUAAAUACGUACCAAGCAAUGUCCAACCCAACGUAUUUAUCGUAUUGCUUUUUGUACGCCAAUUCCUCAGGGUCUUCUGAGCUUUCAAGUGAAGAUGYAGACACUUCCAGGUCGAAACUUGAUCCCAUUUACCGUGCGUUUGAGUUAAACGGGAAACUCGAACAACUCGCAGUAACCGAGUAUGAGUUUAAAAAGGAGUACAGAGCUUUGUCGAACCAAUGCGAAGAAUACGCGGUGCAGUUAUUGAAUCUUUGUCAAAAUAUGAAAGAAAUCGCAUGCAUUAUGAGCAUGCCGAAUGGCAAGGAACAGAGAUGGCUUCAGGAAGGCGCCAUAGAUUUGAGUGUGCUGAACUUUGCCAUAAAGAACAAGAAUGAAAGGUUUGUUGCUCACCCAUAUAGCCAACUGAUGCUGAACUCGGUGGUGUAUCGAGGUCUCCAUGGGUGGCAAUACCGAUCUCUCUUAACAAAAAGCGCUGCGGCUGUGAUUUUCACCAUUCUUCUGCCAUUUUGGUGUCUAUUUUACCUCAUAACUCCACAAAAUGCCUUGAACAAGAUGCUGAAAGUACCGCUUUCAAAGUUUCUUGGGAAUGUGAUAUCGUUCCUGUGGUUUUUGGGUCUUUUGACUUUGUCUUCUCUUGGAGAUACGUAUGGCGAGACGAUAACAGAGAUAUCUAUAGCAAAUCUCCUKGUCAGUUUAUGGGUAGUCGGGAUGAUUCUCGAAGAAAUAAAAGAGUACUUACGUCAAGGCAGUCAGCGGUAUUUCUCACAAUGGUGGAAUAUCGUCACCAUAAUCAUGCUGAUUCUAUUUGUUYUGGCGGGUUUCCUGUGGUUUAUAGGACACGGUGCACUGGAUGAGAACCAUGCCGAAUCGGAAGUUCAUAAACACUAUGCUAUACAUCUUUUYCCAGAAAUCUCAAAAGAGUGGGCCUUUAAGUGUAUGCUGUUAUCUAAUAGCUUCUAUUCAGUAGCUUAUAUUCUUAGCUUUCUUCAYAUCUCGAGUGCUCURCAAGUGAACUCGACUAUUGGUCCGUUGCACCUUUCCCUUGUUCAGAUGAGUGGAGAUGUGACGAAGUUUUUGUUGCUUUUCUCGAUAUUUUAUUUUGCCUUCGGUCUUGCACUACGAGAGGUUUACUCUCAAUUUGUACUAGUAUCAUCAAUUCAUUAUCGUAACUCUUCAUCUCCAGCGAUGCACAAGUUUUCACAUGUAUCUAGCAGCUUUGGGAAUCUGUUUUGGGCUCUGUUUGACAAGACGGACCUGGACGCAUUUUAUAUUGGACGACCUGAGUUUAGGAUAACGGAGCUCACYGGGGAGAUCCUGUUUGCUGUGUAUAACAUCGCCGCCAUCUUGGUAGCUCUCAAUAUGUUGAUUGCUAUGAUGGCAAACUCGUUUCAGAAAGUUGCGGAUGAUGCAGACAUCCAAUGGAAGUUCUCUAGGACCCGGAUGUGGAUGCAGUACGUUGAUAAAGGAAGUGACGUACCACCACCCUUCAAUCUCAUCCCUAACUGGAAGGCAAUAGUAUCCUGUGUGAAAUGGUUUUGUAAAAAGAAAGAUAACAAGUAUGAAGAAAUUGGGGACAAAACUGGAAUCAUCGAUGAUGGCCAUCGUAAAACUAUCAUAAUAAACCUGGUUAAUAGGUAUUUCGUAAAAGCUGCGGAAAAAGCAAUCGGGACAUCGACCCAUCCAGUUGGCCCCAUGUAGAGGGGAGAUAGAAGAAGGCUGUWGGCCAAAAACAACCAGUUAAGAAACAAAGGGGUUGGAAAUCUCGGUAAAAGGGUAAGACUGCUCCAGAGAACCGAGACAAUGGAGUUGCUUGAUGAAGGCAUCAUACACUACAAGGUUCGAAGUUGAUUAUGGGUAACAUUGGUACAUCAGUCAAAGCUGAGAUGAUUGGAUUAUCAGUGAAUUGUUGAAACAACAUAACGUUAUGUUUCCAGGAACUUCACGUU